AUGUCCGAGACUGAGAAGGCCACCGCAGCUUCCACCGCACCAGAACCCGUGCCUGCACCCUCUACAGACAUUGCCUCCUCCCAAAUGACUGUCGAACAGUCAGAUAAGAAGGAGGCAGAUGAGCCUCAGAAUUCAUUAACUGAACGCUUCACAACAGAAGAGUGGAAGGCUCUCAAAGAACCAAAUUACCGGAAAGUUUUUGCUGAAGGAUACCCUGACAAGGCGGAUGCCAAGACGACAGCCAUAAACCUUUGGGGUGUGAAAAUUGAUCCAGCCAACCCUAUAGACGCGAAAGUCAGCGUCGUUCUCAUGAAAUUUCUCCGUAUCUCAAUGUCAACUGAGGCGCGUUCGAUGCUGAUCGGCACGCUGCGAUGGCGCUCUGAGUUCAACGUCGAGGCGGCCAUGAAGGAAGAGUUUCCGGCUGAUAUCUUUGACCCCCUCGGGCACGUGUAUGGGAAGGACAAGGAAGACAGGCCCGUCGUGUAUAAUAUUUAUGGAGCUAAGAACGUCAAGGUUGCCUUCAGCGACGUUCAACGUUUCCUCAGAUGGCGUGUAUCCCUCAUGGAAAAGAGCUUGGCAUUGCUCGACUUUGAGACCGUGGAUCAAACCGUACAAAUUCACGACUACGCCGGCGUGAGCCUUUCUAGCCGCGACGCCAACUCCAAGCAGGCCGCAUCAGAAGCAUCGAGCAUCUUUUCCGAUCACUACCCGGAAUUAUUGUACAAGAAGUUCUUUGUCAACGUACCGGCCUAUCUUACGUGGAUCUUCUGGCUUUUUAAACCUCUCAUCUCUGCCAACACCCUGGCUAAAAUGUCAGUGGUUGGUUCGGGAGCCCCGGCUAUCGGUAAGGCACUUCUUCCUAUCAUCGAUGCUAAGGAAGUGCCAAAGCAGUAUGGUGGUGAAGCGGAGGGUUUCUGA